GGAGGACUCUGUGUCUCUGCAGACGCUCCAUUAAGACUCUUCUCCCUGAUGGCAGAAGUUCAUAUUCAGGGCAGAGAGGCUGCAGUGAACAACAAAAGAUGGCGAAAUCGGACCUCUUUAGAACUUUAGACAAUUUGGGAGCCAAAGACUUUAAACGCUUCAAGUGGCUCCUGCAGCAGAAGGGGGUCCUAGAAGACUUCCCAGCAAUCCCAAAGAGUCGACUGGAGAAUGCAGACCGGAUGGACACAGUGACUCAGAUGUUCCAGACCUACAGUAUAAACACUUUUAAAGUGACCAGGAUAGUUUUAGUUGAGAUGAAUCAGAAAAAUCUAGUUCUAGAUCUGGAGAAGUUAUCAAAGACCACCACAGAACCUGCAGAGAUUAUUGCUGCAUGCCAGCAAAAAGUAAAAUCCAACUCACAAACAAAGUUCCGUUGGGCAUUUGAGGAGAUUGCCAAAGCAGAAAACAAAACCCUUCUGAAUCAGAUGUACACAGAGAUCUACUUCACAAAGGGAUGGACUGCAGAGGUCCAUGAUGAACAUGAGGUCAGACAGAUUGAAAUAGCAUCCUGGAAACCAGACAGAACAGAAACAACAAUCAGACAUGAAGACAUCUUUAAAACCCCACCUGGAAGAGAUGAACCAAUCAGAACAGUGCUGACAAUGGGAGUGGCUGGCAUCGGGAAAACAGUCUUAACACAGAAGUUCACUCUGGACUGGGCUGAAGGCAAAGCCAACCAGGACAUCCAGUUCACAUUUCCAUUCACUUUCAGAGAGCUGAAUGUGCUGAAAGAGGAAAAAUACAGCUUGGUGGAACUUGUUCAUCACUUCUUUAGUGAAACCAAAGAAGCAGGAAUCUACAGGUUUGAAGAGUUCCCGGUUGUCUUCAUCUUUGACGGUCUGGAUCAGUGUCGACUUCCUCUGGACUUCCUUAACACUAAAAUCUUGACUGAUGUUACAGAGUCCACCUCAGUGGGUGUGCUCCUGACUAACCUUAUCAGGGGGAAUCUGCUUCUCUCUGCUCGCCUCUGGAUAACUACACGACCUGCAGCAGCCAAUCAGAUCCCUCCUGAGUGUGUUGACAUGGUGACAGAGGUCAGAGGGUUCACCGAUCCACAGAAGGAGGAGUACUUCAGGAAGAGAUUCACAGAUGAGGAGCAGGCCAGCAAAAUCAUCUCCCACAUUAAGAUAUCGAGAAGCCUCCACGUCAUGUGUCACAUCCCAGUCUUCUGCUGGGUCACUGCUACAGUUCUGGAAGACGUGUUGAAGACCAGAGAGGGAGGAGAGCUGCCCAAGACCCUGACUGAGAUGUACAUUCUCUUCUUGGUGGUUCAGACCAAACAGAAGAACGUCAAGUCUGAUGGAGGAGCUGAGACAGAUUCACUCUGGAGUCCAGAGAGCGGUACAAUGAUCAAGUCUUUGGGGAAACUGGCUUUUGAGCAGCUGCAGAAAGGCAACCUGAUCUUCUAUGAAUCAGAACUGAGAGAGUGUGGCAUUGAUAUCACAGUAGCCUCAGUGCUCACACAGAUCUUUAAAGAGGAAAGUGGGCUGUACCAGGACAAGGGGUUCAGCUUUGUCCAUCGUAGUGUUCAGGAGUUUCUGGCUGCUCUUCAUGUCCAUUUGACCUUCACCAACUCUGGAGUCAAUCUGCUGUCAAAAGCAAAACCCGUGGAUGAAACAACUAAAAAAAGAUCUACACUGACAUAUCUCUACCAGAGUGCUGUGGACAAGGCCUUGAGGAGUUCAAAUGGACACCUGGACUUGUUUCUCUGCUUCCUCCUGGGUCUUUCACUGCAGACCAAUCAGACUCACCUACGAGGACUGUUGACACAGACAGAAAGUAGCUCAGAGACCAAUCAAGAAACAGUUGAGUACAUCAAGAAGAAGAUCAGGAAGAGCUCCUCUGCAAAGAGAAACAUCAAUCUGUUCCACUGUCUGAAUGAACUGAGUGAUUGUUCUCUAGUAGAGGAGAUCCAACAGUACCUGAGCUCAGGAAGUCUCUCCAGAUAUAAACUGUCUCCUGCUCAGUGGUCAGCUCUGGUCUUCAUCUUACUGUCAUCAGAAAAAGAUCUGGAUGUGUUUGACCUGAAGAAAUACGGCGCUUCAGAAGAGGCUCUUCUCAGGCUGCUGCCAGUGGUCAAAGCCUCCAACAAAGCUCUACUGAUUGGCUGUAUGCUCUCAGUGAGAAGCUGUGAAGCUCUGUCUUCAUUUCUCAGUUCCCAGUCCUCUAGUCUGAGAGAGCUGGACCUGACUUACAACAACCUGCAGGACUCAGGGGUGAAUAUGCUCUCUGCUGGACUUCAGAGUCCACACUGUACACUGAGAACCCUCAGGCUAAGAAAGUGUAGGCUGUCAGAGAAAAGCUGUGAAGCUCUGUCUUCAGUUCUCAGCUCUGAGUCCUCUAGUCUGAGAGAGCUGGACCUGAGUUACAACAGCCUGAAGGAUUCAGGAGUGAAGAAGCUCUCUGCUGGACUUCAGAGUCCACACUGUAAAAUGGAAACCCUCAGGCUGGAAAAGUGUAAGCUGUCAGAGAGAAGCUGUGAAGCUCUGACCUCAGUUCUCAGCUCUGGGUCCUCUAGUCUGAGAGAGCUGGACCUGAGUUACAACAACCUGCAGGAUUCAGGAGUGAAGCUGCUUUCUGCUGGACUUCAGAGUCCACACUGUAAAUUGGAAACCCACAGGCUGAGUGAAUGUAAGCUCUCAGAGAGAAGCUGUGAAGCUCUGUCUUCAGUUCUCAGUUCUGAGUCAUCUAGUCUGAGAGAGCUGGACCUCAGUUACAACAACCUGAAGGAUUCAGGAGUGAAGCUGCUUUCUGCUGGACUUCAGAGUCCACAAUGUACACUAGAAACUCUCAGUUUGGUAGGCUGUGAGAUCACAGAGGAAGGCUGUACUUAUCUGGCUUCAGCUCUGAACUCCAACCCCUCCCAUCUGAGAGAGCUGGACCUGAGCCUCAAUUAUGUAGGAGACUCAGCAGUGAAGCUUCUGUCUGCUGCAGUGGAGAAUCCACUCUGGAGACUAGAAACUCUCAGGUUCGAACAUAUAUUGGAGCAGGGGUUAAGAUAUCUUCUGUUAUGUUGAAGUAUCCUUGUGAACUCACAGUGGACACAAACACAGUGACCAGAAACCUUAAACUGUCUGAAAACAACAGGAAGGGGACACAUAUGGAGGAGAAGCAGCCAUAUCUUUAUAAUCCAGAGAUGUUUGACUGCAGGCAGCUGCUGUGUAGAGAUGGUCUGACUGGUCGCUGUUACUGGGAGGUUGAGGGGAGUGGAGAGGUUUAUAUAGCAGUGAGUUACAGAAGAAUAAGCAGGAGGGGAAACAGUGAAGACUGUUUGUUUGGAUAUAAUGAUCAGUCCU